AUUUUGGACUUAACCGCAUAGAAUGAUGGGAAAACGGGUUAACAAUAAUGGCUUCGCUCUGGUUGUGAUCUUAUUGAAAGUUUCAGUAAGCAAUCUUAUCUAAAAAAAAAAGAAAGAACAGGGAUUAAGCAAAAGUAAAAAAAUAUUUAUAUAAUGAAGCAGGUAUUGUGUGCGUAGUGCGGAGCGAUUUCUUCACGAUCUACACCGAUUCAUCCAGACAGGACUUUCCUUUUUCACUAUGUCUGGAAACAUAGAUUUCACGGAGAGAAGCAGGUCAAGCACAGACACAAAGGAGAGGAAACGAUCGAGCAGCAGAGGACGAGACGAAAAGAAGCGAAAACGCAGCCGAAGCAGAUCCUCCUCUGUCAGUUCAUCUUCCUCCUCAACAUCCUCCUCCUCUUCGUCGUCAUCUUCAUCUCGCUCCUCUUCUAGCAGUAGCUCUUCACGCAGCAGGAGCAGCUCCAGUAGCAGUGAUUCUUACAGAAAGAAACGAAAAGUUUCAAAGAAAAGGAAGAAGGAGAAGCCUGGCAAAAAGAAGCGGAAAAAAGACAAAGCACGCAAGCGAAAGAAGGACAAGAAACAUAAAGGAGAUGAAGAUUCCUCUGGUCCUGUUCAGAUUUCAAAGUACCUGAAGGAGAAGAAGCGGAGUGGCAAGUACAGCAUGAUCUCAGGGAAGAAGAUCAAAAUGAAGGUGAAGAAAUCAAAGAAGGACAAACAAAGAGACAAGAACCGCGCUGAGCUUUUGGAGUUUCUGAACUCAACUUGCUAAUUCGGACCCUGUGCUUCCACUUUCCCCAUAAUUCAUUUAUUUUAUUUUUUUUUUAUUGACUUAGUCUUGGCCAAUCAGCUCUCAGGGAAAUGCCUGUUAUUUCCUGUAAUGGACAGCACUGUGGGGCCUCAUGCAGCUCACCACAACUGGAGAAAAUUCUUAUUUUGUUAUCUUCUCUUUCUAUAUUAUUUUAUUAAGUUCCAAUGCUACUCGCAUAAUAUUCCUGUUAUAAAGCGUCACUCUCGUGUGUUUGUAAUUUUGAACUUUUUAAUGAGGGUAAUAUUCCGUACUUUUAAUCUACUUUCUAAUUCAGACCACUAUUACUGUAACAUCACCCAGGUUUUUAAGAUAAAAAAAAAACAGUGACUUUUUUUUAACCCAAGACAGACUGUUUUUUUGUUGUUUGUUUGGUUUUUUUUCCCAAUAUCCCAAAUUUCACAAUUACAACAAACACCAUUAUCAUCUAAAAAGGACUUAAUGGACAUGUAGAAAAAAAAGUGGAUGUGUAGAAAACAUCAGUAGACACAAUGGCACAUUUUACAUAAAUAUGAUAAAACACAGUGGUGCAGCAUUCACAAUGUGUUUUUUGUCGUGUUUAAGUGGGUAAGAAUUGAAAAAAUGCAUACAUCUGUAAGGAUUCUUAGAUAAAUAAAAAAAAGAAAACAAAGCA